CUCGCCCAAAGGCGGGUUUUUUUAAGGCCCAAACGGCGACUCAAGGAAUUUGAAAAAAUACAACAGCUAAUAGCAUACUUAUCUUUUUAAUUCCGUAUAAUGUAUUUGAGUGAACUUUUCGUUUUUCGAGUUUUCUUGGCACUCUCCCAAAAACAGAUCGUGUACCGAACCCUCUCCGAACUCUGCUCCUCUGAUUCCUCUGCUUGAUUCUGUUUCUUCGAAUCUGUUUUCGCGCAACACUUUCAGUUUAUUUCUUUUUCUCACAAUCAACAGGUUUGUAGAUGGACUGGAUUCUUGAAUAGCAAAUAGUGAAGCUCAAACAAGGAGAUGAAAGGAGAAUCAUCUGGGCUGAUCAUUGGGAUCUCCAUAGGGGUGGUAAUUGGUGUGCUUUUGGCUAUAUUUGCACUGUUUUGCGUUAGGUACCAUAGGAGACAUUCACAGAUAGGAAAUAGCAGUUCUCGGAGGGCGGCAACUAUCCCCAUUCGUACUAACGGUGCUGAUUCUUGUAUAGUAUUAUCAGAUUCUUCUGUUGGUACAGAAUCACCGAGAACAUCUGUGCAGAAUGGCAUGUCUUUGUGGCUUGGAGUUGGAGGACUUAAAAGGGCUAAUCUGGUUUCUGCAUCUGGAAUACUCGAGUACCCUUACAAGGACCUCCAAAAAGCAACCUGUAAUUUUACCACAUUGAUAGGUCAAGGGGCAUUUGGUCCUGUUUAUAAAGCGCAGAUGUCAACUGGUGAGACAGUUGCUGUGAAGGUGCUUGCAACUGAUUCCAAGCAAGGGGAAAGAGAGUUCCAAACAGAGGUUAUGUUAUUGGGAAGGUUGCAUCACAGGAACCUUGUGAACUUGGUGGGAUAUUGUGCAGAAAAGGGCCAGCAUAUGCUUAUCUAUGUCUACAUGAGUAAAGGCAGUCUGGCCUCCCAUUUGUAUAAUGAAAAUUAUGAACCUUUGAGCUGGGGUUUGAGGGUUCAAAUAGCUCUAGAGGUAGCAAGGGGCUUGGAAUAUCUUCAUGAUGGGGCAGUUCCUCCUGUGAUACAUCGGGAUAUAAAAUCUUCCAACAUUCUGUUGGAUCAGUCCAUGCGAGCCAGGGUAGCUGAUUUUGGGCUUUCUAGGGAAGAGAUGGUUAACAAACAUGCAUCCAAUAUACGGGGAACUUUUGGAUAUCUUGAUCCUGAAUAUAUAUCAACGAGGGCAUUCACUAAAAAAAGUGAUGUCUAUAGCUUUGGAGUGUUACUCUUUGAACUCAUUGCAGGCAGAAAUCCUCAACAGGGUUUGAUGGAGUAUGUUGAACUCGCAGCAAUGAACACCGAGGGGAAAGUUGGGUGGGAAGAAAUUGUGGAUUCUCGUCUUGAUGGAAAAUUCGAUGUGCAAGAACUCAAUGAUGUGGCAGCUCUUGCAUACAAAUGUGUCAACCGUGCACCAAGAAAACGGCCUUCCAUGAGGGACAUUGUGCAAGUGCUCUCAAAAUUGCGACGCAAUGGAAAACAUCACCAGCAUUCCUUAUCUGCCAUGACAGAUGAGGUUACUGUCGAUGUGGACCAACCAUAUCACCGGAGUCCAAUGUCUGAACACCAGCAAGUGGAGUCCUUGGAUAGCACAGCUGAUACUUGUGAAGUUUAAAUGACAGUUUUUUCUCGUUUUGUUCAUUUGUUUCAUUGGGUUUUUUCAUUUUGUUUUGUAAUAUAUUUGUUAUUUAUAGGAAUCAGAAGCAAAGCAGUCAUCGUGAUUGAUUACUGAGUUCUUGUCAAUGAAAUUAGGAUUCAAUUUAGCCCCUUGCUUGUAAUUCCCAUGUAACAUAAUGCAUUUUCAUUGCCACUUCACUCUCCUCA